AUGGUGGCUUGGUCAGUGGAACUUUCACAAUUUGAUAUCACCUUCAAACCGAGAGGGCCGAUUAAGGCUCAAUGCCUGGCCGACUUCAUGAAUGAGCUCCAUCCGCAUGGCCAGUUCGAAGAACAAUGGUGGACCCUCCAUGUGGACGGUUCCUCAAACUGCCAGGAAAGCGGAGCAGGGGUAAUUCUGGAGGGACCCAAAGGGAUAGUUCUAGAACAAUCCCUCCGCUUCCGAUUCAAGGCCUCGAAUAACCAAGCCGAAUACGAAGUCCUAUUAGCCAGACUAAGGUUGGCCGAAGACAUGGGUGCUUCUAAAAUCAAAUGCUUGACUGAUUCUAAGGUGGUGGCCGAGCAGGUCAGUGAUAACUUCCAAGUAAAAGACCACAACAUGAUGAAGUAUUACCAUGCUUAUCAAAAGUUGAAGUCAAACUUUCAAGAGGUGUUGGUCGAGCACAUCCCGCGCGAGGACAACACCCGGGCCGAUCAAUUGGCUAGAUUGGCCGCAACCAAGAAGCCAGGUCAACUGAGAACCAUCAUUCAACAAGAAAUCGACCACCCUAGUGUUGAAGCGGACAUGGUAGCAAGCAUGGAUGCCGACCACCCCGGACAGAACAACCCGCCCGACUGGCGAGACGAAAUUAGGGCAUUCAUCACCAACGGUGUCAUACCAGUCGAUCCAACCGAUGCCAAGCGAUUGAGGACGCAAGCCAGUAGAUAUGUCGUCAUUGCCGAUCAGUUGUAUAAACGUGGCUUCUCCACCCCGCUACUAAAAUGCCUAGACCCCGUCAAGGCCGAUUACAUGAUGAGAGAAGUACACGAGGGCAUUUGUGGGAUGCACUUGGGCGCGAGGACGACCGUUUCCAAACUCUUACGAGCAGGAUACUAUUGGCCGACCAUGAAUACCGACUGCGUGAUGUUCAUAAAGAAAUGCCAACCAUGCCAGAAAUACGGCGACUUGAUCCACCAACCGGCCGAGCAGCUACACGGCAUACCCUCAGCAUGGUCGUUCACUACUUGGGGGGCUGACAUACUCGGGCCUUUUCCAGUCGCUAAGGGACAAUGCAAAUUCCUCAUCGUCGUCGUAGAUCUGUUUACCAAAUGGAUUGAAGCCGAGCCCUUGGCGUGCAUCUCGGCUCAUCAAGUCCAAAAAUUUUUAUGGAGGAAUAUCAUAACACGGUUUGGCGUCCCACACACCCUGGUAACCGACAAAGGCCUUCAAUUCACCGACCGAAAACUCAAUGAGUUCCUGACCGGCCUAGGAAUACAACAUAAGACCACUUCGGUCGAGCACCCACAAACAAACGGACAAGCCGUGUCCGCCAACAAGGUUAUUUUGAAGGAGUUGAAGAAACGACUAGGAGAAGCAAAAGGAGCCUAG